GUUGUAUGGUUCACAGCUCUCUUCCCAUAUGUUGUGCUGGCAAUUUUGCUAGUACAUGGAGUGAUGCUGCCUGGGGCACAGAUUGGGAUAACCUAUUAUCUCAGCCCAGAUUUUUCCCGCAUUGCUGAUUCCAAAGUGUGGGUUGAUGCAGCAACACAGGUAUUUUUCUCUCUUGGGCCUGGCUUUGGUGUUCUUCUGGCCUUUGCCUCUUACAACAAGUUCCACAAUAAUGUUUACCAUGAUGCCCUACUCACAAGCUGCAUUAAUUCACUCACAAGCUUUGUCUCAGGCUUUGUAAUCUUUUCUGUGCUGGGCUACAUGAGUCAGAAACUUGGCAAGGACAUAUCUGAGGUUGCAACUGAAGGACCUGGACUUGUGUUUAUUGUGUAUCCUGAAGCCAUUGCCACAAUGCCUGGUUCAACUUUCUUUGCAAUUGUUUUCUUCAUGAUGCUCCUCACUUUGGGACUUGAUAGCUCAUUUGGUGGAUCAGAGGCCAUCAUCACAGCAUUGAGUGAUGAGUUCCCCAUUGUGAAGAGGAACCGUGAAAUUUUUGUGGCAGGGCUAUUCAGCCUCUACUUUAUAGUGGGCUUGGCAAGUGUAUCUGAGGGAGGCUUCUAUGUUUUCCAACUACUGGACAGCUAUGCAGCUACAUACUCUAUGCUCUUUGCAGUGCUCUUUGAAGCAAUUGCUGUGUCUUGGAUCUAUGGUAUUGACCGCUUUUCAGAGGACAUCCAUGAUAUGCUUGGGUUCUAUCCUGGCAUCUAUUGGCGUUUUUGUUGGAAGUUUGCAGCACCUGUCUUCCUCCUGUUUAUCAUUGUUUAUGGACUCAAAAACCAUGAACCAUUGAGAAUGGAGAACUAUGAGUACCCAGCAUGGGCUAAUGGACUUGGCUGGGCCAUUGCUGCUUCCAGUGUUCUCAUGAUCCCUCUUUUUGCGGUUGUCCAAUUCUCAUUAGCCAAGGGCACCUUCAAGCAGAGAAUGAAGGCCAUGAUUACACCAUGGCGAGACCAGAUAAAACAGCAGCAGCAGCAGCAGCCACAACAGCAAAUUCAGCAAGAGGACAAUUCGGCACAACAGGGUUCUCUGAAUAACUUCUGUUGGGACCCUUAUUUUCAAGAUACAAGGCAGCUGGUGGGAAAAAGCUUCACACUCAAGGAUGAUAUUCAUCAUGAAUCAACCAGGCCUGAGGAAGAUGAUGACAACACCCUGGUUCAGGGUGACUUGGUGCCAUAA